AUUAAACCAAUCAUUAAAUCAUUUGUUCACACGAUAUGACACAACAAAUGAAACACUUGAAGACAUCACUCGUGACCACAGAUGACGGCAAUGAAGACAACAGACAACAGAUACGAAUCUAUGCGAAGAACUCAAUGGACAGAUUCGGUGAUGACUUGUAUGGACUCAUAUUAUCCUAUCUCUUAAUCGAAGAUCGGUUUCAAUGCGAAUGUGUGUCCAAACAGUUCCAGAGGACUGUCUUCGAAAGUGUUGUAGACAUCAAUCUUAGCAAUAAAUUUCUUAUUAAAAUACUGUGCGGAAGUUCAACGAGUAUUCGGCCCAAAAUAACCGACUGUUGGCCGCAUUCGCCGCACAGAAUCAGUGCCUCAGAUGUGUUGUCAUCCACUCAUUUGAACGUCCAUUUAAUGAUACAGUCGUUGAAUUUGGUCGACAAUUGUCACGAUUAA